CUAGGCCUAGGCCCAAUGUAUGGUGCAAAACCCUAUCGCGGGAGGGUUGCACUUGCAGCAGCAGAAUAUUGAUCGGAUCCCACGAGGCACAAAAUUCCCUUUUUUCUUCCUAAUCCCUAAAAUUUUAUUUCUUUAUUUACCCUAGUAUUAUUUUAUUGAGUUUUAUCCAAAACAAAAAAGUGCUUUUUCCGUUUGCUUCUCAAAACCCAUUUCCCAAAUCCCAGAAACAUCACCGAUAUCUCAAUCCUCAACCCAAACAAGAGAGAGAAAGAAAACGUAGCAAAAAAACAAACCUUUUUUUAGAGAGAGAAAGUAAGCAUAGCCCUAGAAAUUUAUGCAACCAGAUAAGGACUUGUGUGUGUAGCUCAUACACUACACUGAAUAGUGAGAGAAAAAAACAUUCUUUCCCCAUUUUUAAUAAUAACCCUUUUUCUCUUUUCCAUUGUUGCUGAAUAAUUUGCAUUCUUCACUUCUCCAAGUGCAGAAAAACCAUAACUUUUUUGAUAUUGUUUUUACAAUCACUAGCUUCGAUUUCUUCACAGGUGGAAUUGGUGUUGUGCAACAGUGAAACCUUUUGAUCUUGCCUACAAAAUAGCUUAGUGAUAGGUUUUUAGUGAAUUUGAAUAUCGGAGGUCAAAGUUUCUUGUGAAAGAAGGCAUUUUGAAAGUAAAUGCAUGGAUCACGCGGACCAUAUGGGGUUGUCCGGUUCCGCAUCUUACUAUAUGCAGCAGAGAGGACUUGCUGGUUCUGGAGCACAACCUGAGUUACAUGUUUCGUCGAGUUUUAGUCAUCUGUCUAAUCCCAAUCUACCAUUUCAAUCCAGCAUUGGUGGUGGCACUAACAUUGGAUCAACAUUACCUUUAGAGUCUUCAGCAAUUUCAUCUCAAGGCGUCAAUGUGAGUGGUCCUACCGGGGUACAGUCUGGGGAGACUGUAAAAAGGAAGAGAGGAAGACCGAGAAAGUAUGGCUCUGAUAGAGUUGUGUCAUUGGCACUAAGUCCAAGUCCAACACCGUCUAGUAAUACUGGAACCAUGACGCAAGAUGGCCUGAAACGAGGGAGAGGGCGUCCACUUGGGAGUGGGAAGAAACAGCAAUUGGCUUCUUUUGGUGGGCUGAUAUCUGAUACACCUGCGAAGGGAUUCACUCCUUUUAUGGUCAACAUUGCAAGUGGAGAAGACAUUACACCAAAAAUCUUGGAAUUUUCUCAGAUGCGGGCUAGAGCUUUAUGUGUUAUCUCAGCUCAUGGAAGGGUCUCGAGCGUGACACUUCGUCAGCCUUCAACUCAAGGUGGCACUAUCAAACAUGAGGGAGAUUUUGACAUUUUGUGCAUGUCUGGCUCUUUCAUGCCUACUGAGAGUGGCAGCUUACUGAACCGAACUGGUGGAAUAAGUGUUAUCCUGAGUAAUCCUGAUGGCAGUCUCUUUGGUGGAAGAGUUGACGGACUGCUUGCUGCUUCUGGUCCUGUCAAGGUGAUGGUUGGGACCUUUCUAUGGGGAAGAUUGAGGGGAAGGAACAAUAAGCGAAAGGAACGUUCCGAUGAUGGAGAAGUGGCUGCUGAAUCAUCUCAGCAAGGGGCUCGCAAUCCAGGCGCAGGCGCACUGAACAACAUUUCGCCUAAUCAGAAUCUGACUCCGACCUCAUCCUUAAGCCCAUGGUCAGCAGCAGCAUCGCGUCCAAUGGAGACGCGUGAGUCCAAUGCUGACAUUGAUUUAAUGCGCGGUUGAUGCGUAAUUUGUAUAUAUAUAUAUAUAUAUUAUUUCAGGCUCAUGACAGUAAGUACACCAACAUCAGGAUAGAACAACCUGACUGAUAAAUCUCACUUAACUAUUCUCCACCCAUGAUUUCACUCAGUGUUUUCAUGAUUUGUAGAUGUGAGGAAUUUUUAUGUGAUGGUUUCAUGUUUCUGAUUGGUAAUAAUAAUAAGGGGCCUGCUUGAAUAAAAUAACUUCGU